AUGUCUUCCUCCAACAUCAAUCAGCAGAGAGAUAGAUUAUCUACACAAACACACAAAUGCAAUCAAUGUGUCCUGUCGUUCAACACUUACCAUCAGCUUCAGAACCAUAAGAGAGGUCAUGAAAACAACUUGGCGUCAGCAAAUAUCAUUUCACAAUCUAUUGCAGAGGAUGUUGAAAUGCAAAAUGAUAUUAGAAAUGACAUUAUUGACGAUAAUGGAUUAGUUAGCGAUUCAGAUAAUAAUAAUCAGUAUUAUGCUGUGAAUGCAAUAGAGAUCGACGAGGUCAUUUCUUACAAGUGCAGUUGUAGUUUCGAGGACAGCGAGGGUGAAGCUCAUAUUUAUGAUAGCAGCAUAAUCGGUAGAAAUACUUUUACAAAGGGCGAGUUGAUGAGUAUUCAUUUCUCUCAAUUGGUGCUUCAGCACAGAAUUUCCAGGGCAGCUUACAGAGACAUUGUCCGAUUUGUUAAUACAAUCAUUCUAGAUCACGAUGAAAUUAUGUUGGAACCUGAGGUUAAGAUCAGCCACAGCAAAACUGUUGAUGCUUUGCUCAAGUCCAAGUCAAGUGUCAAGGGCCAUGAGUGUGAUGUCUGUCCUAAUGGUUGCCAAUUGUAUGGCAUUAAUGACGAUCAGGAAUCUUGUGUUGACUGUGGCAAACCGCUAUACAAGACUGAUACUGAGCAAAGUCAAACACCAGCUGCCAGUAUGAAGCUCAUGUCAGUCGGUGAUAUGUUUUCUCAAAUGCUGGCUGAUCCAGCCACAAGAGAACUUCUUCAUUAUAGGGCUAACUGGGAAUCUGUAGCUAGUCCGCUCACCAAUAUUUUCGAUGGUGAAAAUUACAAGCAGUUGGUGCAGCAAGGCUUGUUCUCAAAUCCUGAUGAUAUUAUCAUUGGUAUAUAG